GUAUUUAUUUUUUUUUGGAAUUUAGGCCGGACCGAACAGGGGUGGGCCAAUUUAUUCAGAGCUCUGGUUUAAGAUUGCCGAGUACUGGACGUCUUUUUUAUGGUUCGAUAGUUCGUAGAAUUGUAUUGAACCACAUUAGGGCGUUCCAAAUCAAAGCUUUGGGUUUUGUGAAAAAUGCGUGUUGCCUGUAUAAAAUUAAUUCCAAUAAUUCGAUCAGCUCUAAAUUAUUUCCAUCGUUAUAACCAAUUUAGUCAAGGUUUGGCUAUUUGUGCUAUUUUUUGUUCUUGGAAUCUUUUACUUUAUGCUACACUUAUUGGAAAAAAUUCGCAUUUAUUAUUAUCUUCUAAACAACUUUAUUUACCCAAUGAAAUUUUAUUUUUAAUUUUAUUUAUAACUUCAACAAUUAUUUGGGCAAAUGGAUGGCUUUUAAUUAAUUAUUUUUAUUUUUUAACUCCAAUCUAUUUAUUUUCAAUUUCAAUUAAAUUGCUUGGAAAUGGAGAAAUUUUUAAUUUAAAUAAAUUAUUUUUAAUUUUUGUUGGAUUACCUUUUACAGUUUUUUCAAUUUCUCUUUUGGUUUUUGUCUUUUUUGAACGUUUUACCCUUUCAUUAAUAUUUUUGUUAAUUUCUCCAUUUUGGAUUUUUAAAAAUAUUAAAAACAAACAAAAUUUUGUUAAAAUGAAGGAAAAUGAUGGAAUUAUUACAAAUUUUAAAUAUUCAAAACAUCAAAACGAGUUUAAUUCAAUUAGAGAAAGGCAAUUUAGACGUGAGCAAAUUUUAGAAGAAGAAGAAGAAAUAUUUCCAACAAAAUUUAAUGGUGGUAAUUCUGUUGGGGAUUUAAGCAAUAAUAAAUGGUAAUUUUUUAAAGAAAUUUUGUUUUUAAUUUUUGGAUUAGAAAUUUAGACGAGUUGUGUUCUUGAUUUUUUUGAUUUUAAAAAUUGAUUUUGGGUUCCUUUAAUAUUUUUGUUCGGAUUUGGGAUUGUUUGUUUUCGAAGAUUACAUAGUUCCCCAUUAUAGCCAUCUAAAAUUUU